AUACUUUUUGAAUACAAAACAAAAAGGCAUAAAAACCAGAGUUAAGCCUUUACUCUAUAGUAAUGGCUGAGUCACUUUUAAUUUUAGAAGAUUCCCACACAAACAGCCUACCAUAUCGGUAUCUAUCAAUCUUUAACAAAAACUUAGUUAAGAUUUACACUUUUAUAUGAGAAUGAAAUCUCAAAAUGUAACCCUUUCCAUAUUGAUAUUGACGAUGGCGAUCUGUAGUGGAGCGCAUCGAAUGAAGCGAUUGUCUUCUCCAAAUUUCCAUGACGAGACCCUUGAACUAGCCAAAUAUGUGGUUUCAAUCAGAUCGAGAACUCCAGUCAAAUAUUUUGGCGACAAUCACUAUUGUGGAGGUGGUCUUCUGACUUCGGAAUGGGUUCUAACCUCCGCCCACUGUGUUAUGGGCCAAUCCAAGAUCAUGUAUAAGGCUCGGUGGUUGCUGGUAGUUGCUGGAUCGCCAAAUCGAGUGCGACAUAUCGCUGGGAACACAAUCUGCAGUCCGGUUUCGAGGCUGUACGUUCCAAAAAACUUUACCAUGUACAACACCUACAACAUGGCUCUUAUGAAACUUCAGCAGAGGAUGCCCUUGGAUCACCCUCGCAUUGGAUUUCUUCAUCUUCCGAGUGCAGCAGCUACAAUUGGAUACAAUUAUUCCGUUCUCGGGUGGGGAAGAAUGUACCAUGGUGGACCCUUGGCAGUGAUCAUAUAUCAGGUGGAAGUGGUCCUCCUGGAUAAGGAGGUUUGUAAGAUGCAUUUCCGUCACUACAGCGAUGGAAUGAUGUGUGCUGUAAUAGACCAGGGACCAGAGAGAGGUCAACCCUGCAGCGGUGACAUUGGGUCCCCGCUAUUAAAAGGAAAUGUGAUUGUCGGCAUUGUGGCCUAUCCGAUUGGAUGUGCCUGCAAAGAUGUUCCCUCUGUCUAUACGGAUGUAUAUAGCGGUGUAAAGUGGAUCAGGCAAACGGCCUUUGGCUUAUCCAGCACCAUUGAGCCUAUGCCCUUCAUCGUCUUCCUAUCGAUUUUUCUAGUUCAGGUCAUAAAAUGCUAAAUUUAUGAAUUUAUUCUUUUUAAAUGCCAAAAUUUGUAUUUGAAUUGACUAAUAAGAAAAGUAAUGUUUUCAGUAGUACUAAAAUACAACAGCGUAACCC